CAGCGGUGCGAAGCUUAUGACGCGCACAGUCACAUAAUCCGCUGAGCAACCUGCAGCCCCGGGGCCACACCAGACAUCAUCAUCCAAGGGAAAGGCGUCAGCUUCUCAACCUCGCUCCACAUCUCUCCGUCACAGCUCCACACAACCAUGAAGGGAAUGAUUCUCCAGAUCAGCCGCAGCCUGAGCCGAUGUGCUGUCCCCGCUCUCCGCCGCCGCUUCCACUCGGGUACGCAUCCCGUCUCCACCGCCACCUCCAAGUGGAGGGCCGAGCGCCGGCUCACCUCGGAGGAAAUCUACGUCCGCGAGGAAAAAUACGGAGCACACAACUACCACCCCCUGCCCGUGGCCUUGGAGAGAGGGGAGGGCAUCUAUGUUUGGGAUGUGGACGGAAAACGGUAUUAUGACUUCCUGAGUGCGUACAGCGCCGUGAACCAGGGACACUGCCACCCAAAGAUCCUCGCUGCACUCAGCGGCCAGGCCUCCAAGCUCACCCUGACCUCCAGGGCGUUCUACAACAAUGUGCUCGGAGCCUAUGAGGAGUACAUCACUAGCAUGUUUGGCUAUGACAAAGUUUUACCUAUGAAUACAGGUGUUGAAGGUGGCGAGACUGCCUGCAAGCUUGCCCGCAAGUGGGCUUACAACGUGAAGGGCGUUCCCAAAAACAAGGCCAAAAUAAUUUUUGCAGAUGGAAAUUUCUGGGGCCGCACCAUGGCAGCCAUCUCCAGCUCCACCGACCCCAGCAGUUACGAAGGUUUCGGUCCCUUCAUGCCAGGGUUUGAGCUCGUCCCAUUCAAUGACAUUCCUUCUCUGGAGAAAGCCCUCCAAGACCCAAACGUGGCAGCUUUCAUGGUAGAGCCCAUUCAGGGCGAGGCUGGGGUAGUGGUGCCUGACCAGGGCUACCUGACCAAAGUCAGAGAACUUUGCACCAAAUACAACGUGUUGUGGAUUGCCGAUGAGGUGCAGACGGGCCUGGCGCGUACCGGCCGGCGUCUGGCCGUGGACCACGAGGAAGUCCGUCCGGAUGUGGUGAUUCUAGGCAAAGCUCUUUCUGGAGGAGUUUACCCUGUGUCCGCCGUGCUUUGUGAUGACGAGGUAAUGCUGACCAUCAAGCCUGGGGAACACGGGUCCACAUACGGAGGAAACCCUGUGGCCUGUCAGGUUGCUAUCGCCGCACUUGAGGUGAUGGAGGAGGAGAAGCUGGCAGAGAACUCUCAGAGAAUGGGAGAGCUGCUGCGAUCCGAGUUGAGGAAACUGCCCAAAGACGUAGUGACAAUGGUCCGAGGGAAAGGCCUCCUCAAUGCAAUCAUCAUCAAAGAGACCAAAGACUACGACGCCUGGAAGGUGUGCUUACGUCUCCGCGACAACGGACUGCUGGCCAAGCCCACCCACGGUGACAUCAUCCGCUUUGCCCCUCCCCUCGUCAUUAAUGAGCAAGAGCUGCACGAAUGUGUCGACAUCAUCCACAGAACCAUCCUGUCCUUCUAAAUGCCCGCAAAAACCACAAAACAUGCUUCCAACUGAAGAUCAGACUUUAGCUGAAGCUAGGGCUUGUUUUUAUUUUCUAUGUUUUCUUCAAAGUCAGGGGCUCUUUGAAGGGCAGUAUACAGCAAGUGCAGUAUACAGCAACUGUGUUGGUGUGCAUCUAUGAGGAUACACGUGAAUAUUCACCCGUUCUCUCUCGGACGCUGAUGUCAUGGCUUUCGCGGCAUUUUCGCAUCGCGCAAAUAUUAACGCUUGAGUGAAGCAAAAGACACAAAUUUUGCAUCUUCAUGUUGUUUUCUGUAUUUGCCACUUGAGGAAAGACUUCAACACACCUGUGCAUUUUCUUAAAUGUUCUAAAUUUGUUUUUAGACUUAAUUAAUCUAAAAUAGAAGCAUUUUUAAAUGGUUACUUCAGGUUUUUGCUGGUAAUGAGUUAUAUAAAAACAAAGAAAACAUUGUCUUCAAUGAAACCUUUUUAAUUUUCAAAAAGGAUAAGUGGGUUUUUUAAAGGUGGUUUCAGACAGGCUGCGGAAGUUUGAUUGGGCCCAUGUGAGUAUACAGCAGAAAAAUCCCAGGAAGAUUCACCGCGAAGCGAGUGUUCCAGAAAAGUUUCUGCUGUUGUGACACGUCCGACUCUGACACUCGUCAAAUGUGGACGGCAAACUCCAGCAAAUGUCCAGAACAAAAUUUUCCGGACAUUUUCUGGAGUUAAUGUCUGAAAGCGGCUUUAGUGAAAUAUGUCUAUGUAAGUUAAAAAGACUUUGUCAAUAGAGACACAAUUUCAAUCGGCCCAAUGUUUGUGUGAAAUACACAGCACACAAUAAAUCACAGUUUACUUGUGUAGCAUACGGAUGAAUAGUGCUCGUUCUCUGUUACUGCUGUUCGCUAGCAUAAACCUAAAUGUUACCUAAAGUUCCACAGUUCUGGGCAUUUUAAAUCUCAAGAGCAGGGGUUCACGAGCGGCUUUUAAAAAGCUUUUGAAAUGUGCACAGAUUCCAGGUCUUGGAACGGUUUCGUGAAAACUUUGGAAUUGCAGAAAGAACCAUGACAAUACUAAAAAGUUCAAGUAUAGCCUUUUCACUUUAUUUUAAGUUUAAGUUAUGACUUUCACUGUGAACGUAAUACUUUCUGGGAAGUGUAAUCAUUGAAAAACGUUGUGUAAUUUGGUAUGCUUUAUUUAAGGAGGAUGUUGUGUGAGGAUAAUGAGUGCUUGCUUUCCCAGCUUUUUACGAUAUCUGCAUUGUUUCAGUUUUCUGGCGAAUGUUACAACUGUCGUCGUAAAACAGACUAAAUCACCUAAAGUUGUUAUAAAUCAACUGUAAGUUGUUACAUAACUUGUUUGUCCUUAUAAAUAAAUGGUUCUACUGA